UCCAAUCCGGACCGCGAACUUCGAAUUGGCACGUCGAGUCCCUUGGCAAAGGGCAAGCGGCGGAGAAAACUGGGAUUGAUGUCUUUCACGGCUCUUCAAUAAAAGUUAAAACCCACAACUUCAAAGGGGUUGAGAGUGUAUUCUCUUUUGGAGAAAGUUUAGAGGAAGCAUGAAGGGUCAUGAAGCAAAGAUGCCUAGAAUGGAGGAUAUUUUAAACCUCCCUGUCCAAAAUCCACCUUUUCCAGAGUUUUCUGCAGCUCAUCUAGCUUGGGUGAAAGUAGAAGGUGGUCGACAAGGUGGUGAUGAUAUUGCUCUAAUUCCAUAUGCUAGAGUGGAUGACUUUGUAAAAGGAGAAUCUGCCAAUGCAGAAUGCCCAGCUAGCUUCCGGGUUGAGUCAAGAAGGAAAAGACCUGAAGGGAGUGUCAGAAAACCAAGGGUUGAUGGCUACCUGGAAUAUACGCUAUACUGGUGUUCUUAUGGUCCAGAAGACUACCGGGAGAGUGAGUCUGGUAUUGCGGAUGGUGCAAACAUUAAGCCUGCAUCAGGCAAGGGCAGCAGGCCUGGGAGACGUCACAUGAUGAGAGGAUGCCUUUGCCAUUUUACUGUUAAACGUUUGUACACCCGCCCCCUUCUUGCCCUGAUAAUCUACAACCAGCGAAACCAUGUAGAUAAAACAGGGGCACCUUGCCAUGGGAUACUAGACCGUGAUGCUGUGGGAACAAGAGCUAUGUAUGCUCCUCGUAUUUCAGAGGAACUACGUCAAAAAGUCUUAUCUAUGCUCUAUGUUGGAAUAUCGUUGGAUAAUAUAAUGCAGCAUCACAUGGAGGAGGUGCAAAGGCAUGGAGGGCCUCACAACCGUGAUGAUUUUCUCACUCGCAGUGAUGUCCGUAACAUGGAAAGGCUUGUUCACAACUCUUCUCAUGAGUUGCAUCAAAAUGAUGAUUGUAGUGUAAAGAUGUGGGUGCAACGCCACCAGAAACAUGUGUUCUACUUUCAAGAUAAAUUUGGUUCACAACCAUUUAUUUUAGGAAUACAGACAGAUUGGCAAUUGCAGCAGAUGCUCCGUUACGGACAUAAUGGUUCGGUAGCUUCACAUUCAUCUUUUGGCUUGAAAAAGCUAAAGUAUCCUCUGUGUUCAUUACUCGUAUUUGACUCAUCAAGGAAUGCAAUUCCAGUUGUCUGGGUCAUUGGUUCUCUCUUUUUUGUUCAAGAUAUCCAUAAAUGGAUGAUGCCACUUGUUCAGAGGAUCCGAGACAAGGACAACCGGUGGAGACCAAAUGCCUUCUUAGUGGAUGAUCCUUCUUUUGACACAUCUAUUAUCAGGGAGACUUUUCAAUGUCGGGUCCUAAUAUGCAUUUGGCAUAUCCGCCGUGCCUGGGUAAAGAACCUCUUAAAGAAAUGCUGCAACUUUGACGUGCAGCGAGAGAUGCUGAAGCACUUAGGGCGGAUCUUAUACUGCACAAGAAGUCCUGCAAACACUUCAGAUGCAGUUGAAGAGUUUAUGCAAAUAUUCGUCGAUCAAUGCACCUUUAUGGACUACUUUAGAAAUAAGUGGCUACCAAAGAUAGAACUGUGGGUGGCCAGCAUAAGGACACUCCCUGCAACAAGCCAGGAACUUUAUUCUGCAAUUGAGGCAUAUCAUCUUAGAUUGAAAUCUAAAGUUUUCAGUGAGCUACAUGCUAGUUCCUGGCAGAGACUUGACUGGUUGAUCCACACAUUGACAACUGAAUUUCACUCCAUAUACUGGCUUGAUCAGUACAUAAUAGAGACAGGGUACUUUGAAAGUCUAAGGACUGGGUCCCUCUCAACCAACUCUUGGUAUCAGGCUAUGCACAUCCCAGAUGUUGAUGUGUUGUUGGAUGAAACAAAUCUCCAGCUUGCAAAAGUCAUUUCUCAAACAGAUCAGACUGUUGUAUACACAAUUUGGAAUCCCGGUUCAGAUUUCUCACUUUGUGAUUGCCCCUGGUCAAAGCUGGGGAACCUCUGUAAGCACAAUGUUAAGGUAGCAAUCUUAUGUAAAAAUCGGCAAGUUGCUAGGCCAUUAUUGGUGGCUCAAGUUUAUCGGCAGGCUCUGCUUAACCUUCUGCAGAACCCUCCAGAUGAUCCUCUAGUUCUUGAUCAUGCAGUUUUACAUGCAACAAGAUUGCAACAAAAUAUCAAAGAUCUGGAAGAUUUAUCUAAUAGUGGGAUGCUUCAGCCUUUACCCCCUGAAACGAAUUCUCAAAUGGUGGAUCCUCCUUUUUAGUCGACUUCCUUGAUGGGUGAUUUAGGAGGAGGCUCGUGCUUGGGAUAAGCAUUCCGUGCUUUUGGUUCAAGAAGUCCUUGUGCUUAUGAAGUUAUACUGCACAUAUUCUUUGAUCAGCAAUGAGCUGGCACUCAGACUUGUGGAAAGAAUCAAAUAUGAUGUGCAUGGUUCCAAUUCCCAAAUGUUCAGUAUUUGUCUUGGGCAAAACUCCUUUGGAUCGACGUUCUGCAUUCUGUUCAUUCCAAUGGAUGCUUUCAACAAUCUCCUUCGUUCAUUUCUUUUCCAAGAUAAAAUGCAGAUCUUUUCUUGGGUGAAAUUGCAUCCAGAUUUCUUUGUCUUCCUUAAGUUUGAAUGCCCAAGGAUGACUUUGGAUAACUUAAUCUGGUCUUUAUGGCAAUUUCAAGUAAGACCUCUCGUUACAGAUGGCUUUUUGCUAGGGGCUCUUUAGUUUAUAGCUUGUGGAUUUGGCAAUUCUUCCAAAUGUAAGUAAUCUUGCCUUGAGUACAGAGAGAUACCUGCUUUGAAAUGGUCCUGUAUUGUUUUCUUUUAUGUUCCAAGUGUUCUGCAUUGUAAUUCAGGGAUGAAAUGAAGUGCUAAAAGUCUGGAGAAUAAGAAUAUUGUUUUAUAUGGUACAGUAUCAAUCUCCAGUUGAGCAUGUAAAACCAACUUUUUAUUGUGCUGAAGUUGAUGAAUCUGAUUAUCAUUUAUGUAAACCAAACCUGUAUGAUAUCUUUCUUUUAAUCUUUCUUCCAUUUUUUUACAGCUAUCUUCUCUUUCAGUUUUCAUGUAAAACAUGUUAAAGUAUUGAUAAUUCAAGUUUUUUUUUUGGGCUGCAAAGACAAUUCAAGUUCUAAUAUAGCUAUUGAUUCCAUUUUGUACCGGCCUGGACAUGCUGUUCCAAAAGAAUUCUGGUACAAAAUCCUCCCCAUUCUGUUCUGGUCAAGAUAUUGGUCAGUAUCAACAGUAAUGGAUGGUACUGACUGGUAUUGAAAUGGUAUUGGCGUGCCAGCUGGCACGAUUUCUGCAUUCAAAGUAUUUUGAAGUUCUUGACUUAGAGGAUAUCUAGCCUACAUCCCAAUAGAGGCUGUGUCCCUAUUUGGAUGCAAUUCCCAUAUUAGAACAUAUCGUAUAUUAGAAUAUAUCGUAUAUAUAUAUAUAUUACAAUAUAUACAUACCUACCUUCACAAUGCUUGUAGAAACAGCAUUCUUAAGACUAGUUUCUCUGGUUUUAGAGAGAGAAUGUGGAGGGUGAAAUUGUCCAUAGCGGGAAAGAGUGAUGCAUGCCAUUUGAUGCAAUAAGCUUAUGUGACAUAUGGUGAUUAUUACUUUCUCUAAAGAUUUUAUGCAAUUUAUUCUUCCAAAAUUGGCAAAAGAAAAAAGUGACUUAAGUGAGUGAGAUUAUAUUUUUAAUUAAUGUCGUAACUUAUUUAAUGCUAAUUUUUUUCUAUAAUUAAAAUUCUUAAUCUUUUUUGUUUUUUAAAAAAUUCUUAAUCUUUUAAGUGAUAUUUAUUUCUUAUGCACGGAAUCAUUGUAUCAUAUAAAUUACAAAUUGCUCAUAAAAAAAAGAUGCAAAUUCAAUAUCUUAUUUGAUAUACAAUAACUAUAUAUAUUAUUAUUUAUUUAGUAUUACAUCUUAAACUGUGCCCAAUAUUGUCUGUUACCGGUACUGUACCAUAUGAAUAAGAAAUCCAGUACCUUGUCCACUAUGGUGUUGAGAACUAUGGUUUUAAUGCCCCAAAAAUUAUUUUUUAAUUCUUUCUUCCAUUUUUAAAGCUAACUUAAGUUCUUCUCUUUCAGUUUUAUAAUGGUCCAAAAUUUGAUUAAUCUGUUCUACUUUUACUGUUGCCAAUGUUUUCUUACAUUGUUCAUGAGUAGUGAUCACUGUUGUUUAUCUGAUGAUCCCUUUCUUCUGCACAUCUAGUGCAAUAGAAGUAAAAUCUUCUUCCACAAAUCUGUCAAAGAAAUGUUCUUUCUUUCUGUUUCUUGGAAAACAUGUUCCUGAUUUGCAUGAAUAAUAGAUUAAAUCUUACUUUUAACUUUCAUUUUAUGCACCAGUCUUGCCCUAUCAUUUUUCUCGAUAGAUGCUCUCAUGCUUGCUUCCUAGCUAUAGCAGCAAGAAACUGUCUGUUUCUGCAGUGACAGUAGAAUACAAAUACCAUUGCUCUCCUACAAAUGGUGGCUAUCAUUUUAUGAUCAUUAACGAAAGAAGUUGAAAAGGAAUCACUUAGUGAAAUGCUAGAGCUGAUGGGAUGUCAUAAGUUUUAAGAGGGCCUACUGGUUUCUCAAUUUUAUUCCAUUUUCUUGCACUUAUUGACAAAAUAGUGAAGAAAAUUGUGUCAGUUUUCUUGCGUGGUACUUUUACUUAAGCAAUUAAGGUCUGAGUUUCAGUUGAACUGAUCUUGUUGACAUAAAAGUGACUACAGCCAGUACACGGCCAGGCAUGUUCUACCCCUCAUCAAUCCUGUUAUCUUACUGUUCUUUUCCCAUUGCCUAGGCCAUAACUGCUGCAGGCUCGCCUUUUGGUAAAUGAGAUGUGUGUGUGUGUGUGUGUGUGUGAGAGAGAGAGAGAGAGAGAGAGUUAUUGUUUGUUUGAUAAUGCUGAUUGCCAGAAAGAUGCAAGGAAUAUCAGGAAGAAACAAAACGAAAAAUGCUAUAAUGCAAUGGGGGCAGAAAAAGCGGUGGCGCCAUGGAUGGUUGGUUGGAACUGAUCAUAAAACUGGUGGAGACGGUGAAUGAAGCAGCAGGCAGCGAAGAGGAAACUGAGGCGUUGCUUUUGUGAUCAAUCCGUCGUAGCCAUUGUAAAGAAAGACCCUGAUUUGAUUCAGUCGUAAAGAAAGACAUCGUGUGAUCAAACGAAAAAUUCACCAGAUCCGGAAGCGGCGGCUGGAGAUCUCAGCAUGUCUUUGAUAUUCUCACUGAAGCAGCUGGCUUCUUCAGUCACAUUUACAUUAUUCAGCCAUAUCUGUUUGGAGUAGUUAAGGUGGUUUGAGUUGAUGACUAUCUGUUGGAUAUCCAUGUGUGUUCGUGUUCAUAUUUAUGAUUAUGGACUUCAUUCAGGGCACCACAGUUAAAAGCUAAACUUGGGUUAAUGUUAUUCCUUUUUUGUUAAAUCAUUUCACAUGUCAAAAUUACGAAUAAUGUUAAGAGUUAUGAGUUAUUAGUCAUGCGACUUCUCUUUAUUAGAGGAGACAAGAGAUCAUGUAUUAUUGUUUCAUCUGAUUAAUAUUUUUAAUGAGGUUGCGUCA